UGUAUGUUUAAGAUGAAACUUUUUACCAAAUGAAUGAAGACGUCACCGUCCAAAAUUGGUCCAUCUUCAUGCUGUUGAAGAACUCAAUGACCCCUGGAAAAUAGAAUACAUUGGCUGGAUCAUAUUGAACUUUGUUGCCAUGAACAAAAUCGUCCUGAUUUCGGGAAUUUUGUUCGGAUUAGCGGACUUGUUCGCGAUUGCCAGUUUAGCUCUACCAGACUGGAUACUAACGGGGGCGGCAGGAAACAUGAGGUUGGGACUUACACUGCAGUGCUUAACCAUCCACAACCGUGAUGAAAUUUGUGUUAGCCCCAAACUUUCAAUAGAAUGGACGACAACAUUUGUGUUGAUUAUCAUUGGUAUUUUAUGCCUAACUGCUAAUGUGAUGUGUCUGAUGUUAUCACAUUGGGAAGAUGUGCUCAAGAAAUAUGCAAAAUGGCUUGCAUUUUUUGCCAUGAUAUCCUUUUGUACUGCUGGUAUAGUCUUCCCAAUGGGGUUCUAUGUUGAUGAAAUUGGUGGAUACCCCUUCCAGCUUCCAACACAGAGUCAAGUUGGAGUUUCAUAUGUGCUUUUUAUAUUAAGUAUAUUUUUUACAAUUAUAUCUGAACUGUUGGCUGAACAGAUAUGUAGACCACUCCCUGGUGCAGUCUUUUAGUCAUAUCUGUUUUAAAAAUAUUGAAAAGACUGUCUACUUAAGACACUGGUGCUAUAUAUACGUAUUUAUGUUUUUGGAACUCUGAGAAUGAUGGUUCUUAUAAUCAGGGCUGUGAGAAUUAUUGUGGAAGUAAGAAUAUUUUUAUUUAGAGAGAAUACUGUAUUCCUGACUGGUAUGACUGAAACCAGAAAUUUGUGCAAAGAAGGUCCAGUUGCGAUCUUCUCAUCUUGCUGUAUAUCUUUAUCCAAAGUUAAUGUCUUAUUUAUAAUAAGUAAAGAAAUAUUAAGUCAAUCUAAUGCACCCUGUAUAUUACUUCAAAUGAUAGUGUCCUCUGUCAUUUUCGCCUAAUUCUUUGUAAUGGGCACAUUGUUAUUGUUAUAAUUAUGUUUGUUAUAAAAUAAUUGUCCUGUCUACAAAAUAAACUUAUGCUUAUCAAUAACUCCAUCCUGUCUUCAACCCUUACCUGCAAGGUGGCUACUUCAAUUGAUACGAUCAAAACCAAUUUAUUUCUGGAUUUCCAUGAUUAUUGUUUCUGAGCAUUGCUAUGAUGGUAACCCAGAGAUCUUUUUUCUACUUUAUAUUUUCUUAAUGCAGAGGAAUGUGCUUGGCUUGCUAAAUAAUUAAGACUAGUGUUAUCAUAUUCCACUGUGUCAAAGUACUUUUAUAUUUCUAGCUAUUUAAUC